AUGUCAAAAUCAUAUUUAGUUGUUGGUGGUUGUGGAUUUUUAGGUAGAUAUAUUGUUGAAUCAUUAUUAGCAAGAGGUGAAAAGAAUGUUCAUGUAUUUGAUAUUAGAAAAUCAUUUGAAGAUGAUAGAGUAACAUUUCAUAUUGGUGAUAUUAGAAAAACUGAAGAUUUAGAAAGUGCAUGUAAAGGAAUUACCACAGUUUUCCAUACAGCAUCACCAACUCAUGGUAUGGGAUAUGAUAUUUAUUAUAGUGUAAAUGUUAUUGGUACAGAGAGAUUAAUUGAAGCAUGUAUUAAAUGUGGAGUUAAGCAAUUGGUUUAUACAAGUAGUUCAAGUGUUGUAUUCAAUGGUAAAGAUAUUGUCAAUGGUGAUGAAACUUUACCAUAUGUAGACAAACAUAUAGAUCCAUAUAAUAAAACCAAAGAAUUGGGUGAACGUGCAGUUUUAAAGGCAAAGGGUAGCAAUUUAUUGGUUUGUGCAUUACGUCCAGCUGGUAUUUUUGGUCCAAGAGAGGUCCAAGGUUGGCCACAAUUUUUAAAGGCUGCUAAAGAGGGUAAAAAUAAAUUCAUGUUUGGUGAUGGUAAUAAUCUCUGUGAUUGGACUUACAUUGAUAAUGUAGUUCAUGCUCAUAUUCUAGCAGCUGAUAAUAUGACCACAAAUAGUCCAAUCUCAGGUAGUGUCUAUUUCAUUACAAAUGAUGAACCAAUUCCAUUUUGGGAUAUGCCAAUCUUUGCCUACGAGGCAUUCGGUUAUGAAAGACCAAAAAUGAAAAUUCCAUUCACCAUCAUGUAUUGUAUAGCUUGGAUGAUCGAUCUCAUUACACUCUUAUUAUCACCAUUUGUUAAACUUCAUCCAACCAUCUCUCUCUUCCGUAUCAUUUAUACCAAUAGUACUCGUUAUUUUAACAUUGAAAAAGCAAAGAAAGAACUUAAAUAUAAACCAAUAGUUUCACUUAGAGAUGGUAUGGAAAAAACUAAAGAAUGGUUCCUUCAACAAAAUCCUUCCUUCAUAAACAAAUCAAAAGAAACUUCAAAAUUAUUAAAAAAAUAA